GAGGAGGAGGAGGAGGAAGAAGAGGAGGAGGGUCUGCAGAUAACAAAUCAUAAAGAGACCCAACAGAGAGCUGCAGCAGACUGAGCUGCACCAUCUGCAUCCAGCACCAGUCGUGUCUCAGCUCCAGCAGGAUGAAGGGGCUGCAGCGGCUCAGCCUGCCCGGAGCGUGAGGAGCCUUCCUGGGCUCCGUCUGCCUCGUCCUCCCCCCUCCUCACCGCUCUGUGUGGAGCUCUGAUCCUUCAUCUGUCCGUCCGUUUGUCUGCAGCAUCUCUCCAUCAUCAGCUGUAAUCAUGGAUGGACUCCGCCUGCCGCCCGUCAUCGAGGAGGUCCUUGAUCCAUCCGACGAGCUGUGCGAGCUGAAGGUGGAGAAGCCGAUCAUGUUGGCAGAAACUCUGACGGCCAAAGAGAGGGAGUCCAUGGAGGAGAAGGAGGAGACGGUGGGAGACGGAGAAAAAGGCCAGCAGGAGGAAGAGAAGGAGGUGACGGAGGAGAAGGAGGAAGAAGAGCCAGGAGGAGGAGAAGGGAAGGAUGAAGAGGAGGAGAUGGAGGAGCUGAGAGCUCAGGUGUUUCAGCUGCUGCUGGAGGUGGAGGAGGCCAGAGAGGUUUCACAAAGACACGAGGAGAGUUUCCUGGAGCUGCAGGGUCUGUUAGAGGACGAGCGACUGGCGAGCGCUCAUCAGGCGGAGAGUUUCACCAGACAGAUCCAGAGACUGCAAGCUCAGCUCCGGUCAGUGCAGGAGGAGAUGGACAGUCUGGAGGAGGAGAAGGAGAGCGAACUAGAGGAGGUGCAGGAGGAGCUCCGAUCUGCUCAGGAGGAGGUGCUGAUGCUGCAGCAGGCGGCUGAGGAGGCGGCGGGAGAGAGGGAGAACGACAUCGCCUCCCUGCAGGAGGAGCUGUGUCGGCUGCGGGCCGAGCUGCAGCGCCUCCACGCCACGGCGCAGGAGUACGAGCUGGAGAUCACCACGCUGAGGGCGGAGAUCAGCAUGAAGAGCAACAACACAGGUGAUGUGAGUCACUUGAAGGACGAGUUCGUCUCUCUGACUGAUGAACGUCAGUUUCUGGACGACGACAACAAAGACCUGAGCAGCAAAGUGGAGCAGCUACAGAAGAAACAAGACACGUGUGAUGACGUCUACCUGGCCGUCACUGACACUGAGCAUGAGCAGGUGAAGGCCGACUCUUACAUCACUCUGUCUCAGUCCGGUCCUGAACAACAGGACAGACCCUCGGAGGAUGAGGAGAAGGUCUGCAGCUCAGAGCUCAACGUCCUGAAGGUCCAGCUGAGACGAGCGGAGGACACGGCUCACAGAGUCCAGACCGAGUGUGACGGUCUGAAGGUGGAGCUGGUGGACCUGCAGCAGCUGUACGACAGCAGCCAGCGGGAGCGAGCGGCGCUGGAACAGGAGCUGCAGCGCUGCAAGGCCGAGCUACAGAAACUGGUGGGCAGGAAGUCACAGAACUGCACUGGUGCGUCUGAGCCCCCUGUUCUCUCCAUCCCCUUCAUAGGAAUGAUUGUUAUAGUGGCCUUGAUUUGGUGCUGGUGGGAGGAGCUGGCGUCCUAGAAGGGACCAGAGAGACACUGAAGGCUGGAACCUGGCGGUGGCAGCGGUUGCUGUGGCAGCCAUUGUAGUUCUGGUCGUCCCCAGCUUCACCAGGGCCUGAGGACUACACAGGAAGUGACCUCACCAGGAACUCUGGGAUUGUGGGAUUGCCGUCACCCAUCCAGCGCCGCCCUCAUACAUGUUGCUGUCCUGCUUGUCGCAUCGCUGAGACGUUUUCACCAGAAGGCCUCCGACGCCAGUGAGUUCUGGAAGGAAAAGCAAUAAGAUUGUUGAAUUUACUUAAAGACUCUGAACUUUUCCUGCAGGUCGUCGAUCAAACAUCCACCAUCAUGAUCCAAGAGUCCAACUGGGAGCUCUGGUUUUGAAUUAGUUUAUUAGUUUUCCAUUGAUUUAAAAAAAUGACCCGGGGUGGAUCAUUAUAAACUGUUUGUCUCCGUCCGUGGUGGAAGAAGUACUCUGAUCUUUACCGAAAUAAAAGUACUCAUACCACAAUGUAAAAAUACUUAGUUACAAAUCCUGCAUUCAAAAAUGGUACGCAAAGUUUAUCAACAAAAUGUACUUAAAGUUCUCAAAAUGCAAAACAGCCCGUUUCAGAGUGUCAUGUUAUAAUUAUAUAUUUCAUAUUUUUCCAGUAAUGCAGUAUUUUACUGUCGCAGGUUGAGGAAGGGCCGAUUCUGACGACUUCAAAGUACUAUAAUAUAUAUUUAAAAACAGUCAUAUUUUAUUUUAAUACGUGUUUUGUAUGUAAAAUUUGAACUUACAAAGUAACCUAAGUUAUCAGCUAAAUGUAGUGGAGUAAAUAGAAUAAUAUUUCCCUCGGAAAUGUGUUGCAGUAGAAAUAUAAAGUAGCAUAAAAAGUACCUCCAGAUUGUGUUUGCGUACUUGAGUAAAUGUACUUAUUUAUUUUCUUACACUGUUUACAGUACAUGUGGUCCUGUGGUGUCGAAUUAGAAACUGAAGAUAUAAAACACACAAAGCUGCUGAUUUAAUAUUCAACAUAAAAACUCUCUCUAAAUUCUUUAGAGCUGCAACUUCCGAUCACUUUUAUUUAAACUAUUUACCAGUUAACUGAUUAAUCAUUUGGUUUGUAAAAUCAAAACUGAAACCAUCUCUAAAGAUCACUUCCAGAGAAAAGUAGCAAAUGUUUCGUAUGUUAAUGAUUUAAUCUAAUAAUAUUUUUGUCGACUGACAAAUUGUUUCAGCACUAAAUUGUUUGCCUUAUUUUUCCGCACUGGAUUUAAACAAUAUUUUGCACUCACUGAGUUGAUGACGGA